GUCCAGAGAGAAUACAGUAUUUGGAUUGUACUUCUCACAUAACUGCUCCCGCUUGGGCUUAGUUUUACCACUUGCCCAAGAAAAAUGACCUGUUACAGAUCUAGUGAAGAAAGAAAGACAGACUCCUAGCGAGGUACCGCAUCUCUGCUGCUUUGUGACACGCGUGAUGCUAGGAGAGUUUAAAGUGUUUUACUGUGCAUCUCGAUGUGAAUCAAUCAAGUGCACUUUUCAACAGUUCGCUUUUCGAGAGAGGCGCCAUACGUGAUUUGCCGGCAACUAACAUUCUAAACGCCAUUCAUACUCAAAAGAAAAUGAUAAACUUUUAAUUCGAGAGUCUCUUUUAAAACUGAUAAAAUGAGGGGGGCGCCCAAAAGUAGACACUCGGACGGUAAUGUUUCAGAGGACAGCGAAGACACGGAGAUCGUAGUCAAUAUCGGAGGUGUGCGGCAGGUCUUGUACGGAGCUCUCCUGAACCGUUAUCCGGACACCAGGCUGGCGGAGCUAGCCAAAUGUUCCUCAGGUGGUUAUGACUCGAUAUUCUCUCUCUGCGACGACUAUGAUCCGGGGAGAAAGGAAUUUUACUUUGACCGAGACCCGGAUUCUUUUAAGUGUAUAAUCGAUGUAUAUUACUUUGGGGAAAUCCAUAUGAAGAAAGGAAUCUGUCCUAUUUGUUUUCAGAAUGAAAUGGAGUUCUGGAAAAUUGACAUUAGCUUUUUAGACGAAUGUUGCAAAAGCUCCCUGAGCGAGAAAAAGGACGAACUCCAAGAAAUUGCGAACAAGGUCCAGCUAAUUUUAGAUGACCUCGGCGGGGAUCCCACCGCUGACCGUUGGCAGAAAUGUCAAAAAUAUAUCUGGAAGUUGAUGGAAAAACCGGAUUCUUCCCUUCCUGCCCGUGUUAUUGCUGUUCUUUCUUUUCUUUUUAUUCUGAUUUCCUCUGUUGUGAUGUGUGUAGGGACUAUUCCGGACCUACAGAUUGAGGACGAUGAAGGUAACCGCGUGGAACACCCUACCCUGGAUGCCAUCGAGACCACCUGCAUCGGUUGGUUCACGGUUGAGUACAUUCUUAGGUUAAUUUCAUCCCCUAAUAAACUUCAGUUUGCUAUGGCGUUUAUGAAUGUUAUCGACGUUCUGGCAAUCCUUCCUUUUUAUGUGAGUUUGACCCUCACGAUUCUGGGGAACACAAUGAUGGAGCUGACAACCGUGCAGCAAGCAGUCCAGGCUCUGAGGAUUAUGCGAAUUGCAAGGAUUUUCAAGCUAGCGCGUCACUCGUCGGGACUCCAGACUCUCACAUAUGCAUUGAAAAGGAGCUUUAAAGAACUUGGCCUUCUUUUGAUGUACUUAGCAGUGGGCAUAUUUGUCUUUUCUGCUCUAGGAUAUACAAUGGAACAGAGCCACCCAGAAACUCUUUUCAAGAGCAUCCCUCAGUCAUUUUGGUGGGCUAUCAUUACCAUGACUACCGUGGGAUACGGUGAUAUCUACCCAAAGACAACACUCGGAAAGUGCAACGCUGCCAUCAGCUUCCUCUGCGGGGUGAUUGCUAUAGCACUUCCUAUUCAUCCCAUCAUUAAUAACUUUGUUAAGUACUACAACAAGCAAAAAGUACUUGAGACAGCGGCCAAGCACGAACUGGAUUUGAUGGAACUGCACUCCCAACAGGCGCACGCGCUGAAGGGCUCGUCUAGACGCAAAUCCUAUAAGCAGGGCAGUGACUCAGAAGCAGGAUGCAGCAGUAACCUCCGACUGGCGCAUAGCGACACGUACAUUCCGCUUCUGUCGGACACAAAGCAGCAUAGAACGCGGCUGCAGAGCUGCAAGUGAGCGCGGCUGGGAAGCUCACAUCACCGGGAUUGACCACAGUUUUCGCUGGAAGGAUACCGAACGUGCGUCAUCUUGUAGAGCAUCGUCUAAUCUUCAUAGUAAAAUAACAACAACAACAGACUUAAACUAUUGCAAAGUUAUUUUCUAGAACGGUCUAUUAGAUGAUACAGGUUGGUCAUUAUGAUAAAACAAAUCCUGCUAAUAGUUUGCAUUCAUAAAUUACAGUAUGUCAUUUUCUCAUACUGCCUGCAUACAAGCUGCAUGAUCAAAAUAGCAAUGUAAGUGAUGUGAAUUUUUAAGAAUAAAUACAUAAAUAAAUCUGAAAAGUUUUCGCGUCAAGCUAGAUGUGUCCGUCUGAAAGGUUUAACAGAAUUAUCGAUAAUGCAAUGUAAAGUCAGCCACACUAAACUAGCAUUAGUUAUCAGCUUUAUUUUAAUAAGUGUUAUAUUAAUGUCGAAUUGGAACUUAAUAUGAACUUUUUAAUAUGAUUUCUAGUGAUGUCUUAUGUCAUUAUAUGAAUAUUAUUUACAAAAGGUUUCUUCUUACAUUAGAGCCACAUCCAUUUCAAUAAACUGUGAUGGUGUGUAUUGGCGUUUUCGAACUUGGAAGUGAUCAGCACAGUUAAUUUAAGACAUUAUAGCAAAUAUAAAUGUAUUAUCUCAAUUUAUGACGCCCUGAUUUUGGCCUUUAAAUUUUACACCAAUUAAUACUGUGCCCAUAUGCGUGUAUACGCAUCCAUCCAAUGAUACUUUUUUAAGCCUGAUUUUUUUCACUAUACAGUCACCUCCGAUUGUAUUUUGUGAUCGUGGAGUGAAAGGACUAACUAGUGCCGAAAAAUAACCCACACAAUCGACGGACGCAGAUGGCCACUCCGGUUCACGUAUAAGGGAAGCCAUUGUGAAGUGGAAGUACUGAAGCGCCUGGAGCAAACACUGAGAAAUAUUGCGAGUAAACCAAGAAAUCGAGGUGCCGUCAUAGUAUUCUAAGUUAUGGAUCCCAAGUGUGCAUUUUCAUUAAUCCGAGUGCGUCGACUUGCAAAUUAAUCAUAGUUAAUAGUAUAUUCCAAUUAAGUUAGUGGAAGGCUGCGUCUGCGAGCAUCGCCACAGAAAAAAUAGGCAAAGGUUAUUCCCACGCUAAUAAAAAAAAUAUAAAAAGUGACAGAAGGUUUUGGCUUGGCUGCGUAGCCUUCAUCUAUUGUUUAAUUUUAUAACAACUGCCUAAUAUACAUACUAGCCAUACAUACCAACACAAAGGCAAACGAGACCAGUUUAAAAUGAACGUAACCAGCACAGUUUUGAAAUCCCGAAGAAUAUCCGCUGACUUCAUAAAUCGGUGCCCUGGCAGGAACGUGAACCUCGGACUUUGGCGGUGUUGGGGUUUGCACUUCAGUCUCUCAAGUAAAAGUUGCCUUCUGAAAGAUUUAAGCAGACCGUAGUAACCCAGAACGAGACCGCUCUUCUUUUGAAUGUAUAAGAGAAAACGUUUGUGCAUACUUACAGACCCACAUAUACAUACCCUACACGUUGUAGACAGAUUUGCAGGAAACGUUUUAUUAAUUUGUCCUUUUCUAAAAUUAAUAUAUGAAAAUACACGUUUAGGAAUUUCCAAAUACUUCACAAAAUAUAUUAAAUUCCUGUUUGUUUUCCUUAUGCUGAUAAAUACUGAUAAUUUACUUCGUGUUCAAGGUUUUUGCAAGAUCGGGAUACUAGACUUCAGCAAAAAAUGUUUUCUUGUUUCUGUCGAGAAUGAAUAUUCAAUAGCAUCAUCAAUUUUUUAAUGUAAUUACUUCUACUUGUGGUAAGUGGGAGACCAAGGAGUAUAAACAUCUGAAUAAGCGGAUACAGCAUUCCAAAACUUCUAAGAAGUGAAGGAUGUGUUGCAUUGGUAAAGCAGGAAGAUUUUAUAGAUGUUAUAUUCCACAACUGUUCUUUUUACAGUUUUACUAAACGUUUUAAAAAACAAAUAGGCUAUGUUGUAACCAGGCGUUUUAGUAUAAAUAUGUAGGCCUGGUUCCAAAAAACGAUUUGCAUAGCAAUACACUAUAAUUCUGUUGUAUAUAAAAAGUUUUGCAGUUAUACUAUACAAUACUACAACUAAUAAAAAUGUAUUUGGCAGUACAACGUAAAGCUAUAUUGCUAAUUCAGCUAUUAAUAGCUUAAUGUUAUUUAUUGAUAUAUUGAAUGAUAUAUUCAGAUCAUGACUGGGGAAAAGCAUUUAUUUUUACGUGGUCUGGUGGAAAAACGGUAUGCUUCAGCUACAAUAAAUGUACUUUUCAUAAUUUCGCUUUUGGAAGUUUUCUGUGCUGACCUAUUUUUAUUCAGACAAGCACAUUUUAAAAUAUAUUUUUCUGUUUCUUUCACUUUCAAUAACUCAGUUUUAAAAGUCUGAAAGAGUUCACCUAUGUUUUAUUUGAACUAACUGAAUUCCAAAUACUUUUAUUAUAGUUGUGUUGUUACUUACCUGUAAUAAUAUUCAAACAUCCGCUUUAUCUGAUUCAGGGUCACGAGAGCCCGACUAUAUCCUGUCGGCAUCGGCCGAAAGUUUGUCAACUGUGUUAUACAGGACACUAGUGUAGCAUACACACUCACACCCGCACACACCCACACCUGCACACACACACACACACAUUGGGUCAAUUGGAAAUUGCCCUGAGUGGUUCAUAGUCCUAAAACAAAUUAAAUAAUGUGUGGCAAUAUACGCCAUAUAAUGAAACUCGUUCAUCCAACCACUUAUCUGUUAUCGAAUUGCUUCAUUUCCAGGUUGAUCCAAUAAUGUAUGUUUCACAAUGAAGCUUUAAAUAUGGUAUACUGUAUACGUAAAAACAUUUUCAGUCAGUGUUAAAUUAUGGCUCAUUAGAUUUAUAAAUUAUACUCCAGGUUCAAAUCUUAACUAGCGGACCCGAAAUGCGAUCAGCUAACCAAGAAGGUAAAAUUAGCAACAGCAACUUUUUCUUUGAACCGAUUGGUCAUUUUAAAGCAAAACACAAAUGUAACCUGUGACUUUAUUUCCGAUUGUUUUUAUUUAUUAAUAAAACGACUUAAAGUGUCAACUAUAUGUAUAUUGUGUGACUUCUUGGAACGUGUUAUACCCAUUAAAAAAGCCGCAUGCACUUGCCAUGUUGUCCAUAUAUGCAGAAUUCGAUAUCGAGUUGCUUUACAAUAAACCGAUUUUCUUAACACUUUAGAUGCCGGAAUAGCAUAGAGCCAGAUGCGUCUAUCCAUUUUUCAUUGCAACAGCCGACAAUAAAUACCCGGAAAAUCCAGUGAGACGGAAAACUACAAAUUUAAGACGAAAUCAAAGAUUAAAGGCAAAGUAAAAGAAGUGGAGCAACUAUUACUGGCAAGGUUCAUCACUUAGCAGUUAUGUUACAACGUUUGAAAAUCAGCCUUUUAAUGCAUGUGUCUGAGUGCUCAAUGUCUUGGACUGAUGUCACAUAUAGAAGUGCUUCUGCUUUGCCAUAACUGCCUCUAUGGGUAUCAGAACUCUAGACAUUUAUAAUACGCUGCUUGAACUUUUUUAUUAGCGCACUUGCCUAAACCUACACAACUAAAUACAAAUACACGAUGUAGAGGUGCCAGGUUAACCACUCCGAAGUUACUUGCAGCAGAUCAUUUAGAAAAGUUCCAGUACUAUGGAAAUGAAAUUUCCUCAGCUGGCAAGUUACGUGUCUAUCGCAGAAGAAGAAAAGAAAUGCAAUCUGAACCAUGCACAGACUCACAUCAGAGAUUUUUUACCAGUGGUGCCAAUCCAGUUGGAGUCUGAAAAGUUGUGUGAAAGUAAUUAUUAAUGUUUAAGCCCUAGCUGAGCAAACAGAAGACAAUCUGAAAGUGUUAGGAUUGACUAAUGUUUAAUAAAUAUUUCACGCUGAUAUUGUGGAAUCAGAAACUAAGUGUAACUCUUUACCAAUUCACUAUCAUGAGUUACAAAAGGCUUUAUCAGUACAAAUCUAUGAACUUCUUAUUUGUCCACCUGUUUGCAGCAGCUGCACUCUGUGUAGUAAAAGCAUAAACUAUGGCUGUGCUCCUCCAUCUGUCUUUUUGUAUUCUGUACUUCACACGUUUGUUUUAAUUAAAAAUCCUUUUCCUUGCUGCAGUCAUGCCAUUAUUCAGCCGUGACAGGCAGCUUUUAAAAACAAUUUUAAUUUGCAAUUUAUUUCAGGACAAUCAUUGAGCAAUAAUUAACAAUAAUGUAUUUAUUUUACUAUUAUGGCAUUGACACACUCUCUAUCAUUUUGUGUUUGUGUUUUUCCUAUCUUUGAGGUAUAGUGUGCCAUCAUACGUUCUUUAAUUAAGAUUGUAAAAACACCAUCAAUACUUUAAUUCAGAUUCCACAUAUAUUUCCUGUUUUUGCUGCACAUCUCAUAUGUUUUUAUUUAUUACAUUUUUGUUGCAUGCAUAUUGUUAUAUAGUGUCAUUCAUGUGUUUCUUCAGAUUUCUGUUUGCCAAAUACACUUCAGUAUUACAAUACAUUUAUGUUAUUGCUUUUUAUGAAUCUUUGCAUGGUUACAUUACAGUCGCCAUUUACUUCUUUCAGUCUUAUGCAUUGAUCUCAAUUUGUUUCUUUUAAGCAAAAACCUACAGAUCUUUCCCAUUAUGAUUCAAAUUUAGUUCCUGAUUUUCAUCCUUUGUGGCUCAGACAGGCUGCCACUCUCUACAAACCCAGCCUAGAAGAACUAAAGUUAUAAAAUAAUAUCAUAAGAUCGAAUAACUGUACUCUACAACCGGCAGAAAAAAA